ACUUUCCUCCAGUCCAGCAGACCGCGGCUGCGCUGCUGGCGUUUUCACGAGAUUUUAGGAGCGACAUGUGACUGCCCCUAACCGACCGUUGACAUACUACACAUAAUUUCAAAACAAAACGAACAAAAACUACAUUUAGGUCAGCGACUUUCUUUCAAAAUGAACGAGGCAGAGAAGACGAUCAAAAGGAUUCAGGCUCAGAAAGGAGUGGAAGGAGUAAUCGUGGUUAACGCAGAAGGCAUCCCCAUAGAAAGCAAUCUAGACCACCAACGUACACUUCACUAUACCUAUAAUUUCCAACAGCUGCUCGCCAGAACACAGAGAGUGAUGAAGGACCUCGACCCUCAGAAUGAAGCCUCCCUUCUCGAUAUUCAAACUGAGAAAAAUAACAUUCUGAUUUCCACAGACAAGGACUAUUUUAUGAUUGCCAUUAAAAAUUCUAGAGAAGGGCCCUGAAUUCUUCAUUUAUACAUCAUUUAUUCUUCAGAAUUUUUUAUUUAUUUUUUGUAAUUAAUGCAUAAAAGUGUUACAUUCCAUGUUCCAGGAAAGUUACGUUUAUAUAUAACACAGUUGUGGUGAAGUGAGAAGCUUCCAUUAAUAAAAAUAUUGAAUGUA